AUGGCACGUAGCGCCAUCCUGUUGAAACCACAUCUCGACUUGAUCAUACAAAAAAUCAUUGAUCAUGGUGCGGUAACGAGCUCCGGCUUCAGUUUUAAAGAAAUGAGAUCCGAUGAUGCCGCCAGCGCACAAUGCCCCAAAAUCACUCCCCCCCAGACAAACGUGUACGAAAAAGCCAUCACCAUUUCGUCGAUUGCGAUUAAACGCAGGCCAACGCUGCCGCAAACGCCAGCGAGUGCCCCACAGGUGUUGUCACCCAAACGACAGUGUGCCGCAGCUGUAUCGGUUAUACCAGCAAACGCCGCCAAUCCAGCAGCAGCCCAACUAACACCCCAAAUACAAUACGCCACAGCACCUGCUAGCGCCACCGCUGCCCAUCAAGUCGCCUUGAAAGCCGGCCAUCAACAGUUUGCCUUUAAUACAGCUGCUGCUGCCCAAUUAGCUGCCACAGCAGCCAUUACAGCCCACUCACACAACCACCACCAGACACAAGUGGCUGCUGCAGCAGCUGCGGCCGCUGCUGCUCAACACCAACGUAAUAUAGCUGCUGUUGCUGCUCAACACAUAAAUCCAGCAGCCGCUGCUGCUCUACUCAAUCACCAGUUCAGUCAGGGAGCCACACACCAGCAACACCACCAACAACAACAGGCCGCUGCAGCCGUAGCAGCUGCGGCAGCAAACGCUGCUCAUCAGCAACAUUUGGUAUUGCAACAGCAACAACACAUCUACCAGCAACACCAACAGCAUCAACAGUACCAACAACAACAGCAACAGAUCAGACACUUGCAACAACAACAACAACAGCAUCAUCACAAACAACAACAGCAACAACAACACCAUCAACAGCAACAGUUAUUAGCGGUGACAACACCUACUGCCACAAGCAACCAACAAAGUUCCACUACCCCCUCAUCCACUACAUCGCCCAGCGCCUCUUUGGUGUCCUCCACCUCAUCCAUCAAUAACACCAACUCGGUAACCGUUAACGCUUCUCUACAUUCCAACGACUCCAAUACAUCGUCGUCUUCGUCGAAGACUACAACACCCACACCGUCAGCUACAUCGUUAGCAGCUGUCACAACCAACGACAGCUUAACAGCAGUGAAUAGUAACGGUUGCAACAACAGCAACUCCUCGAAUAACUCAACAGCAACAACAGCGACUACCACGUCAACAAUGGAAAAUCAAAUGUCUUUGGCACCCCUAGGAUUAUCGCAAAGCAUGGAUUCCGUUAAUACAGCAAGUAAUGAAGAAGAGCUGCGUUUCCAAAAGUUUACUAUAAAUAGCAAAUAUUCCAAUAAUAUACCAUAA